CGACGAGAACCGCUUUUGUAGCUUUUCUCCUUAUUUGAUUCUGUCAUCUCCUAGCGAAAAACGUAGAACAUGAUGAACACGACCUCUGGCACUUCAUCUGUUGUCGCCAGCCAUCCUGUUCCGCACCAGACGGCACAGCCGGCGCAGGCGGUUUCCUCGAGCACUGCUGCACCCCCGAAAAAUAUGGACGACUGGCGUGAUCCAUUCGCGGCCUCUGGCACGGCACGUGGACAGGUACCCCUUGCAGGAGGUGCUGGCACAGGAGCGUUAGGGCAUGUUUUGCAGCCGGAGAAACCGAUAGUACAGAAGACGCAUCCUGGCCAACAAGCACAACAUUUUUUUGGCGGCGUCUCUACGACAGGUGGAAGAUCAUCAACUGCCCAUAACCAAGCGCUGGGAGGCCCUGGUAUGGCUAGUAUGGCCCCAACGUCGUCGUCGACCGCAAGUGCAUCAGCAUCAUCUUCGAGCAAAAAUGCUGGUAUGGUCGUUCUUCACCACCACCAAAAUACCAUUCCGGUCAGGAAACACCCAGAUGACCACGCAACAAGCAUCAAACCAGCAGCGAAGCAGACCAAAAGGAAACCUCCCAUGACUUUCGGCUUGAAGAAAAAGAAAAAGAAGACGCACUGGACGUCGAAACGAGUAAGGAUCGAAGCUCACCGCGGACCUGUUUUGUGGGUGCAGGGAAAUGUCACCAAUUUUGCCGGUGAGUACGAAAAGGAGCGGGACGAAUUGUAUCCCGGUGUUGAUCAAAAUGCCGGAAACAUCGUUGGUGCUUUACCUCCUCCUCCUCCUCCUGCUGUUGUUCCGGCGGAUUUCGAGAAGCGGGAGAAGCAGCAUGAGGAGCGGUUUUUUUUCCGCUUGUUUUCGACGUCGAGCUCGGGCCUGAAGAAACAUGAACUACAUCCUCUCACUAACAGGGCGAGUGCCAGCAGAGAAGAGACUGCCGACGCUGCAGAUGUUGUUGAAACACUGCCUGAAGAUAUUACUGCACCGGCGGGGGCGGAGGGCGAAAGAAAUUUGGGCGAGCUUGGCAAACAGCCGAGCGUUGUAGCUGGAAGCGGUGCUGCUGAUCGUGCAGUGGGAGGACUAGAGCGCGAUGCGGCAGAUCAUGUUGUCAUGAUGCAGUGCGACGAGGAGGUUGACGUUGAAGACGAUGUCGAGCUCGACGCAACAAAAGCGGCUGCAAGUACUUCCGGUACAACACCAGCAAGAAUCAGUGGCUUGCCUGCCCUGCCCUCGCCCUCCUCCUCAGAAGUGUCCCCUCAGGUACUAUCAGACGCCGACACAAAGAACAAAAAAGAUUCUACUGAUGAACCCACGGUCUCAACGCGCUCGCCUUCAAUUGAAAAUGAUGCUCAUCUUCUAGAGGACUUCGCAGCACCAACAACCUCCGAAGGGGCCGUGUUAUCGAUGAAACGGUCUCAACAUGAGCCGACCUCCCACGCCCACCGGCACCGGAAUAAUAAGCAGGAGCAAACCAAACAGCAAACGAGAAACCAAGGGAUUCCGGCUCAUUUGCGGAACCAAAAAGUUCGCAAGCCGUAUUUCGACGCGAAUAAGAUUCUUCGCAACGCGGUCGGCACGUGGGUCAGCACCGUUCCCAACGUUGUCUGCGAGGGGGCGGCCACGAACAAGGACAAACUCUGCUGGGUGAGUUACGAUCAGCAGAGCGCAGCCCGGAUAUCAAAUGUAAAAGCGUCUGGGCCUGGAAACGUUAACGUCAUGCUGUUUUUGCAUGACACAGAAGUGCUGGAUGAACCUUUGCAUGACACAGAAGUGCUGGAUGAACCUUCUUUUUCUCACUUUUCUACCUUUCUUUUUCCUCCCUCGGUGCUAGUUGAAGGCGUUGCGCAGAACUAUUUCUACUUGGGCACCCGCACAACUUCCGUCGCAGCCGUCCCAGUAGUUGCUGUGGAUGUUCUUCGGUAGAAAUCGCACUGCCCAAUAAAUUCCGCUAGAGUUUACCGGGUAUGCGGCUACUGUUUGUCGAAAUAAUUUACAUGGGGACGCCCUGCCCUUAGCCUUCCAACAUGACACAGAAGUGCUGGCAUGGAAGCUCGAGCAUCACAGUUUUCGAGAAGCUUCCGCAAUGCUUAGCAUCCGGCCACCUCGUACUUCGAAAAAACUUCAAAAAGACUUCAAAGAUGAGUUCAGUGCGAGUUCAAAACGAACGCACACAAAAUCCUAUAUUUCUCGCAAAGUCAUUUGACCUGUUGCAAAAUCGCAAAGAGCCAGCGUUUCUGUCGAAAGUCAGCUGGCUUUGCGUGGUUUGCAAUAACUCAAAUGACUUUGUGCGGAAUUUGCAUCAAAAAAAGUCAAUUGACUUUAUGCUAAUUUCAAAAAAAGUCAAAUGUCUUUUCCUGAAUUCGGCUCAUUUCGCAAACAGACAGCAAAAAUUUGAAGGAUGUGCCCAAUUUUUUUGCAGAAGUCAGUUGACUUUUCUGGCAAAAGCUCUCAGAAGUCAAUUGGCUUCUCAUAAAACGAAAAUGAAGAGUCAAUUGACUUUGCCUGGAAAUCGUCAAAAGUCAAUUGACCUGCGCCCUUUUUUAGGUCAACUGACAAUGGGCAAAUUAUUGAACUCGGAUUAAACUCGUAAUGAACUCGGUUUUGAACUCGUGCUCCGGUCUUUUUGAAAACUCUAAAAGUACGAGGUGGCCCCGUGCUAACAAUGCCGAAUCCGCAUGACAAAUUCAUCCCCACUUUGGUGACAGAAAGUGGGCGCCUCUUGCGACCAAUGCAUGAGAGAUUUUUCUGUGUUCUGGAAUGCGCAUCACAAGUUUGUAUUCUUCCAGGCCCAUACAUAUUUGCAAUUCAUACCGGACACGGAGCUACUACUGGUUCCCGGCGAACUCCGAGCAGGAGAUGCUGGAAUGCUUCGAACUCGCGAUUUUGAAUUCCUAUCCUGUGCAAAAGUAUCGUACUCGUAUUGCAAUCAUGCGUCACAAACUUUUUUGUUAUAGGUAAAUCCGCAUUACAAAUUUUAUUGCUCAUGCUGCGGAAAUUUGUCAUGCAUUUAUACGAGUACGAUACUUUUGCAGUUCAUAAUUCCUACAAGGAGACGACCUUGCGUCAGUACGAAGACAUGAACGAACGGCUGAAAAAGCCCCCGGCGUUCAGUAGAAUGGAUUAUCCCACAGAAAAAAGCUGGCAGGGCAUAUUUGUAAUGCAAAAAUAAGAAUAAGUACACAGAAAUGAAAAAUCUAUCAUGGGCGGCCUCAUAGCAUGCUAUUUAGGAUAUGCAAUAGUGCAAAUUUUUUUGUCUAUUUAUUUUUGCAUUACAAAUAUGACCUGCCAGUUUUUUUCUGUGUGAUAUGGAUCAGGAGUUACUCGGAGGAGCGGGAGCGAGUACAAGAACUGGGGAGCCACGACCAAGUGCGGCAACAAAACAGACGAAGAGAAACAACACGACCUGCAGAGGAAGGGACCCUGCUCAUGCUGUGCGACAGAUCAGUAGCAGUUCCUCUUUGUUCAUCGGAGCACCAUCGGCUUUUGGUUCAUCUGGAUUCUUCGUGGGACGUCUUCCGACACCGAUGCAGCGAGGAAGAGCACUCGCGUCGAGUUCCUCAUUUUCUAAUAACGUGCUGCAGGAGCAGCCACAACCGAUUUUUCACGACAUACGGAGCAGCGGCCAGAGUAUCAUGUCAGCGCCCUCUUUAUUUUCCGGUUCCUCAACCAUCGAUGAUGAAUGCUCUCAGACGAGCACCAACUCCGACUACAGGAUGCUGGCCAACCAACCGACUCCUGACCCUCAGCAGGAGAACAUGAAAAAAACCCUCGCGGAGCGGCUGAGGCGGUUGCGCAAAAAGCAAAAACAGCUGCCAGCAACGCGGGGAUCGCAGCAAUUUCAGUUCGAGGUCAAGCAGCUGCAGCGAGCGGCACUGCUCCGGCCGAGCGGGGGUUCUUCGGGUUGUACUACUAGGGAUCUCGCCGGAAUGAAAUCCCGGCAGCCGGAAGAUGAGAGACAGGUGUUUGAUAACUCCUUGUGUGGCGGGACUGCGAAUGGAGGGAUCAUUCCAGGUCAUAAUUAUCCGGGAAUGUUGCCGUACGCGCAGCAGCAAGCACUUGCUUUUUCGCAAGGUGGUUUCUACACGACCCCGGACGGUCGGAUCAUUUCCCCGGCCGAGGUGCAGCGAAUACAACAGAUGGCGCGCGUCCAAGGCGGAUUACUACAGCAGAGUGGCACAGGUGCCCAGCAAUAUUUCUUACCCGGCGGCGUACUAGGAGCUGCAACUUCGUCGACUACCUUCUCCAAGAACGCCAACAAAAAGCCGCUGACCGCGAAAGAAAAAUCGUCCCAGAUUUGGCACCGGAAAAUGAAAUUACGGCGGACCAAGAUCUACCAGUACCUGGCAGGCAAACCCGCGAGUCGCGAGGAAAAGCUGCAAUUAGCGGACAACAAAAGUCAGAAGACCCGUCCGAAGCCGAAAAACUGCACGAAGAAGCACCUACUGUACCACCCGCAACCCGCGUUGGAUUUGAUGCGGUAUCAACUGCAAAAAUGUCUGGGUCUGGAAGGAUGCAACUUGUGAUGCUGCAUUUGGAUGUCAAAAAAAUCUGUAUUGUAUGAGCAGCAAAAGGAUUCUAAUUUUUCCUCCCGGAGAGGGCAUUUGUCAUGCGGAAUAGGCAUCAAGAAGACCUCAGAAAAUCUGUGAUGCUAGGGCAUGCAUCACAGACUACAUCAUGGCUCAUGCAAAACGUGCAUGACAAGUCUCAGAAUCUUCCAGACCCAGACAUAUUUGCAAUGCAUAUGCGGAAUCUCUGUGCAACAGCCAACCCGCUGGACGCGAGUUUGCUGGAACGCGCGGAUGUCUGGGGGGAGCAUGCGGACUGGGCGGCCGUAGAGGAGUGGGAACAGAGGCAGCAGGAGGUGGAGGAGAGCGGAGUAUUGGACGACGGUCGUACUGUAGCUGUCAAGAUGAACAACUACAUGGCUCCUGCGAAUAACGCUACGAACCAUAUAGAAGCUUUUGAUGGGAAGCUGCAAAUGCAAAUCAGUCGCAACAUGUUGGUGGAGCAACAGCGGUCCACCUCCUCCGUCGUCGCAACUUCCUCGCGGGUGGAUCUUCGGCAGGAAAAUGGGAUGUCUCUCUGCUCGUCCCACUCCUCGUCGGAGGUCGGUGGGAGCGUCGGCUUUGAGAAAAUGGACGUGGAUUCGUAGGACCCACGGGAUGAAGAAUCUACGUCAAGAGUAAACUGUUAAAGCCAAAGGACCGACGUAUCAAGAAGCCGAUAUCAAUGAAACGUGCAACAGCUGCUGCCAUGGACCCCGUUCUGAAUUUUAGAAGGAAACAAGCGUAAACAAUGGAGGAAGUUGUCUUUGAACGGAACAAUCACACUGGAUGAAUUCUCGCACGGCAUAGUCGCGAAGCCAAAUCGUUUUUCCACCUGGUGAUCGUGAUCGAACAAU